AUGCCGUCAACGUCGCUUGCCCUGACACCAGGGCUAGGGUCUUUCCUCAAGUCUCUCAAGACCAACCCAGUCGAGACAUCGAUUGAGAACCUCAUCUCAUUACUCAAAAGACGCCAGAUCCGCCAUUCGCGAUCAUGUGCCACCGCAACUGCCUAUCUGCUCCGCCAUGUUGUUUCGGUUUGCAAGACAUCCGACCCAGUCAAGCUCAUUGAGCGAGUACAGACUGUUGGCAGGCGGCUUGUCGCGGCUCAGCCGCGGGAAAUGGUGGUGGGCAAUGUGGUGCGACGAGUGCUAGGCCUCAUUCGUGAUGAAGCGGAAGAUGAUCAUGAUGCAGAGUUUGCUUUGAGUGAAGCUGGAUCUGAAAGUCAACCUCAUACGCCACGAGCUUUCGAUGACCCAUCUUCAUCAUUGCCCUUGGACCGUGACUCCCUUUCUCUUCGCGGGGACGGUGCAGAGCGUCAAUCUUCCCGGCCUACGCUCCAUUCCAUGUUCAGCCUCCUUUCGCACCCUGAAGCAGAGUUCUCGCCAAUCAGCACUCCAGGCACACAAUCUCCCAAUGGGCGGAUCCCCACUCAUGGUCCUGGUGGCAAGGACGUCAAGGCCGAGGUUCUGGAAGGUAUCGGUGAGAUCAUUGACGAACUCGGACAAGUCGAUGACCAGAUUGCGUCGUACGCUCUGGAGCACAUUCACUCGAACGAAAUUAUUCUCACCCACACUUCAUCUACGACCGUACAAAAGUUUUUGGUGAAGGCUGCAACAAAGCGCAAAUUCACAGUGAUUCAUGCCGAGUCCUUCCCAAACAAUCACGAAGCUACUCACGCCACUGUCAGUGGCAAGUCGACCGGCGAUGAUGAGAACCUGAGCACCGAGGCCUUCCAGAAGCCUUUGACCGCUCUUGGAAUCACCGUCAUUCUCAUUCCAGACUCGGCAGUAUUUGCUCUUAUGUCUCGGGUUAACAAGGUCAUCCUGGGCACUCACUCCGUGCUUGCAAAUGGUGGUCUGGUCGCCGCUGCUGGUACUCGAGUCAUUGCUCGUGCUGCCAAGGUUCACCAAACCCCUGUCGUUGUUGUCAGCGGUGUAUACAAGCUUAGCCCGGUCUAUCCCUUCGACUUUGAAUCGCUCAUUGAAUACGGCGAUGCCAGCAAGGUCCUUCCAUACGAAGAUGGGGAUCUUGUGGAUCAAAUCGACGUUCAGAAUCCGAUCUAUGACUAUGUUCCGGCUGAGCUUGUCGACCUUUACAUUACCAACUUGGGAGGUCAUGCGCCGUCGUAUCUGUACCGCAUUGUGUCCGAUCACUACCGAAAGGAAGACAUCAGCUUCUAA